GCAAAGACGGUGGUUUCGGCCACAUGGGACGCCCAGUUCAUGUUCCCGCCAGUCUGACGGGUGAAUCGAAAGCCAAGUUUGCCCAGCACCAGUUUGACCUUGUUGCCAGUGACCUGAUUGGUCCGUACCGUGAACUGCCAAAUUAUCGGGAUUCGAGAUGCCUUGAUAUUGAACCUGACCAGUCACUGGAAGCGUGGAAAACCAGCAUCAUAAUCGUCUUUCAUAAUGAGGCCUGGACAACCCUUCUCCGAACUAUAAAUUCAGUCAUUAGACGAACGCCGCGGAAUUUGCUGGAGGAAAUCAUACUUGUCGAUGAUGCGAGUACAGAUAAACAGCUUGGUGACCCACUCGAUGGAUUCGUCUCCCAACUUUCCGUCCCUUGUCACGUGGAACGGAUGGGCAAUCGGAGUGGUUUGGUGCGAGCUCGCCUUCGGGGCGCUGGUGUGGCCAAAGGGAAGACGUUGACUUUUUUGGACGCUCACUGUGAAGCCACCACAGGAUGGCUGGAACCGCUGCUACAUCAAAUUGCGCUGGACUCGCACCGUGUCGUCUCGCCCAGCAUCGACGUUAUCCAGGAGUCGACUUUCGAGUUUGUGCCUGGUGCGCCAAACACAUGGGGCUACUUCGACUGGAGGCUUUCGUUUCAUUGGGGCCAGGCCACUGAACGUGAGCGGGCUCGGACACACGGAGAUCCCAAUAUUCCGUUGAGAACCCCAACAAUGGCUGGCGGAUUAUUCUCCAUCUCGAAGGCGUAUUUCGAGGAGUUAGGCACCUACGAUGAAGGCAUGGUCGUGUGGGGUGGAGAGAACGUGGAAAUGUCGCUACGUGUAUGGCAGUGUGGUGGCGAACUGCUCAUCCUCCCUUGCAGCCGUGUUGGUCACGUGUUUCGCAAGGUGUCCCCAUAUAGUUGGCCAGGUGGUGUCUCCCACGUCCUGUCACGGAACUCCAUGCGUACAGCUCUCGUUUGGAUGGACGAUCACAAGGUGUUCUAUUUGAAGUCCAGUCCAGACGCAAUGCGCACCGAUUAUGGUGACAUAUCUGAGCGUCAAGCUUUACGAAAACGGCUCAAAUGCAAGAGCUUUCGAUGGUACCUGGAAAAUGUCGAUGUUGAAUCUGUGUUUCCUAUCGACUUUCAUGGCAUUGGUGAGUUUCGUCACGAAUCAAGUGGACUGUGUUUGGAUACUCUCGGUCAAAAGCAACACAGUCCACUAGGUCUCUCUACCUGUCAUGGACAAGGUGGUAACCAGCUUUUUGUCUGGACAACCAAAGGUGAAAUCCAGGCCGAGGUAGGAUGUGUGAACCCCACUGACGACAGUGAAACAUCUAUCCUGUUCAAGCCUUGUUUGCGGCUUGAUACAGGCUCACAGCUAUUCGACUAUCAGGACAAGAAACUAAUCCAUCGGGCAACAGCCAAGUGCCUUACUGUAUCGGACCUGAGGAGUGCGCAACUCACACUACGACCGUGCGAAGACACUCCCAAUUUUCACUGGAUCGUUCCAGGACCCACUCAGGCGGAACAAAUUGAACAGCCCGGUGUAAAUGUAUCCCCAAACCUACAAUAAACCACAUAUUUUGUACCUGUUUUCACCCCCUAUCCGCUCAGGGGGUGCUUCCUGCUCGUAGAUGUGUCCAUAUUGUGCUUUCUCGCCCCCCCCUCCCUACUUCGGAACACGCUGCAAUUUUUUCUAAGGCUGUGAUUUUACUGCCACUGCUACUUGGUUUUUGCAUAGAACGGUUACCAGCCUCUUCAUGAUCCCAGUUGCGCAUGCUUUUUGUCCGCGACCACUGUAUUUAUGCAGUUUAGUUGACUUCUGGAUUUUUGUUUUUGUACGUGGAGUGACUCUUCAAGAGUGAACAUCCCCGUUU